AUGUGGCUCAUCAACGUCGACAAUCUUCAAUUGGAAGAGCACCUGAAUCCGACCGUCCCUUACGCUAUUCUCUCACACACCUGGGGCACGGAGGAAGUUUCCUUCCAGGACGUCAGGAACCUCACUGACGCCGUGAGGGGGAAAGCUGGAUUUCCAAAGAUUGCCGCAACAUGCCGCCUCGCCAAGUCGCGAGGCCUUCCUUAUGCCUGGGUUGACACUUGCUGCAUCGACAAGUCGUCGAGUGCUGAACUCUCCGAGGCCAUCAACUCCAUGUUUCGGUGGUAUCAGUCGUCAAAAGUAUGCUUUGCAUAUCUAGCUGAUGUACACGACGAUGCAAACUCGAGUGCGUUUACCGAGAGCUUCGCGGCUUCCCGAUGGUUCACGCGAGGAUGGACUUUGCAGGAGCUAGUGGCGCCAAAGAACAUCAUUUUCUACAACGCCGUCUGGGAGCAACUUGGGUAUAAAGAAACACUGGCUAUGAUGCUCACCUCUAUCACGGGCAUCGACAGCACUAUCCUGUUCAAUAAGGUGUCACCGAAGAAAAUACCAGUUGCCACUCGCAUGUCGUGGGCUUCUAAACGCCAAACUACUCGACUCGAGGAUGCAGCAUACUGCCUGCUCGGGCUGUUUGAUAUCAACAUGCCACUGCUCUACGGGGAAGGGAAAAAGGCCUUCGCACGCCUUCAGUCGGAAAUUCUGCAAGAGACGAACGACCUGUCUCUACUGGCCUGGACGUCAGAGACAACGGAUCCUGGGCGGCAGCGGCCAUACGAUGGCGUAUUCGCCGAAUCCCCGGCCCAAUUCGCAGCCUGCUUGGGUCGGACGAUAGUGAACACGCCGUCGCUUAUAGACGAUGUCAACGUCGUCGUGACGAGGACCAACUUGAUGAUCACCACUACUCUGCACAGGCUAUCCUUGGUUGAGGACGGGGCCGAAGCCCCAAACGGGAGGGAGAAGGUGUCGCUACUCCGACUUCAAUGCAGCGACGUACAAGGAACACCGGCCGUUCGAAGAUCAAUUGGCAUCUACGUAUCCAAAACCCCGUCAGGAUUUGUCCGCCACAAGCCCUGGAUGCUCUCCAAACAUCCCUUCGACGAGACCGUACUUUUGAACAUCAAUCCUCAACUGCUCAAAUUUCUGAGAUACAUCAGUCCUGAGAAUCACCUUGAGCGUCAAGACGAGAGGUUCCGCUCUGCUGUAUUCGUUCAAUUCACUCGGAACCGGGCCACAGCCAGAUGGCUAAAUUGGCCCGAGUUUUCCAGGGCCUCCCCAGAGGCGCUUUGGGACGGUCUUGACAGCGUAUUCCUUCACCAUGAGAGAUUCAACCAAAUUUCCCUAACCCCUCAAUUGCUGGAAAUCUCGUUGCGGGGGCUCACUGGGCUACUGGUCGGCAAGCUGUUUCUCGUGUCUGUCAUGUCCAAACGCGUGCCCUCAGAACGGUGGGCGAUCAUGUUGAGCAACUAUCAGGAUUCCAUCGGUGUUCCGUUAUUGAAGAGCCUCGGCGACUGGGAUAUUGCCUUAUUGUUGGCGGGGAGUACUGACACAUUCGUUCGACCUACGAUGGAGCGUCGGCAAUUCUGGCCGGAUCAGUACUCAUCACACCCUGCCGCUCGAUUGGCAAUCCAGCGUGAACCGGCGGAGGGUGUCGCGUCACCGAACCGUCCAGCCUCUCGAAUACUUCAGCUGUCUGAACAUCUGCGCGUCCUCACAACCGUGAGCGUUGUCCCCAGCAAUGCGGGAAGGGAUGCCUGGACUAUCCAGUUUUCUGUAGAGAAUAGCGACUCGUCGUUGUAUGCUGGAUUUGAUGUCGGAUCAGCUGAGGUAAACGGUACGUCGGACGCCUCGAUGGUGUUGUAA